AUGAAGAUCACUCAUGGAGGCCAGAUGGACUACACAAGCGCGGGACUACAACACCGACCAGGCGCCCCUACAUUCAAACUGUUGAUCUUGGGUGAGGAAAACACACCAGCAAACUUCAACCUCAUGCUCGCACGGCAAGAGAGCUUUUACUCGCCCCGCCAUCACCACAACUUUGAACAAUUCCGGUAUGCAUACAAAGGUGACAUCUCGCUUGGCGAAGGCAAGGCGUGGUUACUUCGAGAGGGGGAGUUGGCAUAUUUCCCAGAAGGGGCGUGGUAUGGGCCGCAAAAUGACGGAGAGGGCGUGAGAGAGGUACUGGUGCUUCAGUUUGGCGGUCCGAGCCACCAUGGCUACUUGAGCUUUCGCCAGCUGCGUGAUAUCCAGGCUGAAAUGACGGAGAAAGGCGCAGGAGUGUUUGGAGGCGGGAAGUUCACGCCCGCAGGAGAAGAAACGCAGCCGAUCGAUGGGUAUGAGGCCUUGUGGCAGUUCCACAAUUCGCAAAAGCUUCAAUAUCCUGUCAGCCGUUAUCGACAUCCUGUUUUAAUUACGCCAGAGGCGUUUGAAUGGCAAACAAUCCAUCCCCUGGGCGACGGUCAUGCCAAAAUUAGGCCUCUGGGGGUUUUCUCUGAUGGCAGCGUUGCUGCCAACCAGAUCCGAAUCGACUGUGGCCUUGUCCAGGUGACGGGUAAAAAGGGCACGCAACUCCUUUUCUUUUCCAAAGGCGCUGCAGAGGUUGACGGGCACAAAUGCCGAGAGCAGUCAGCCAUUCGGCUGGAUCCUGGCGAGGAAACAGUCGUGUCAGUUGGUGUGGAGGGUGCUGAAAUACUUCAGUUCGUAUUGCCCGAUUUUGAGAAAUAG